CUUUGCCUACCGCAGCCGCAAUUUCCGUGGGCAGUAGGAGCAAAAGAGGAGCGGCAGACGUCCGCCAGAUGGCAGCAGAUCGUGCCCCCCCGUACCUGUGAUAUGAAGUAUCAGCAAAAUGACCACUUGGCGGCUCCGCUUCCGCGAGCUAUGCGUCUCAGUCGUGGCGGCUGACGUUCCUCUGUGCCCGAAUCUGAAAAACCAUCCCGGAUAGUUGUACGUCAGUGUUGGGCUACUCGGGCUUUAAGUACAUCAACAUGCCAAAUUCCCCGUCUCUACGAACGCUCAACACGAGCGGCGACGUGACAUCGAUGCGAGACUUGUUCAAGCACAAGGAAGCGGAGAUGCAGUCACUGCAUGCUGCCCACUUCCAGGAGCUGGAGUCGGUGAUUCAGAAGCGCGAGGAAGACGUCGUACUAACUAUGAGAUACUGCUUGAUCAUAUGCCUCUUCCCGUGCGCGUGCCGUUUGUUUUGCAUGCUACCACAAUCAUUCAAAGAUUUCGUACCGCAAUAGCCAACAGGGUAUGACUAUAAAUAACAUACGCUGCGACUACUUGUUGGUUCCAAUCCCUGUAGGUAAACUUGCGGCACGAUUUUGCCCGCCUGCAGAACGACUUCAAGUACAAUUUGUCGCUGUUGGAAGAGCGCGACAAGGAGCUUGCGAUGCACGACGUGACGAUGACGAAGCUGCAGUCGCGUCUGGCGGAGCGCGAGACGUUGGUGCUCACGCUGCAGGACCACCUUGCUACCACGUCGGACGAACACGCGCGCCACCUGGCCGAAAAGGAAACCGAAGUCAAGGCGGUGCUGGGACAGACGGAGAGCUUGAAGCGACGAAUCGCCGAGCUCGAGGAGAUGGGCACAACUGCGGAACAGCGCCACAAAGAGCAAAUGCAGAAGGUUCGUAGCCUCCUAAUUUUUGCAAGUUUUUGUUCGCUCAGUAGAAGUAAUAGAGUUGUUCGUCUUGAUUCUCAGGAUCGUCAGGAAGUACACCUAGGAUCAUGCUGCUGCGUACUUACUAAAAAAACAAUUUUUUCAACAAAGAAAGCAGACGAGACGCGUCUUCAACAAAAGGAUGACAUUUGAUCUGUACUCUUUUCCGUACUGUACUCGCCACAGCUCCGCACUUCGAAGGACGCCUUUGUGGCGGAGCAAGAGCGGCGGCACGACGGGCGCGUACAGGAGCUACAGGAGACCUUUCGGCAGGAGCUGAAGACCAAGACGGCAGAACAGUCGUCGAAAGAAGCUCUGUGGAAGCACCAGGUGGAGGAUUUGGAAAAGCGGCAGGAUACACUGACGCGCGAGCUGGCUGCGGUGCACGCCGAGCGCAGUUCCGUGGUGGACCAGUUCACCCAGCUGCAACGACAAUACGCCACCGCGGAGGAGAGCCGGCGCGAGGUGUCGUCGCUGUUGGACCGGGUGACCCGCGACCACGAGCGCGACGGCGCCGAGUUUGGCAGCGAGCGGAAGCAGCUGCUGGAGCAAUUAGAGACCACACGGUCCCUGCUGGACAAGCGCGAGCGCGAGGACGCGGAGAAAAUUCAGCAGCUGCAGCAGGUUUCGACCCGCGACGCCGACGAGUAUGAGCGGCGUCUGGAACGCGCCAAGGAGGACCAUGAUCGCGAGGUGGAAUGGCUCAAGCAGGACGCCAACCGGCGGAUUCGCGAGAUGGAGCGCUUGUGCCUCGAGAAAGUGGACGCCGCGCAGCGGGAGCACGAGAUCAAGCAGCGAGCAAUGCGCGAGGAGCUGGACCGGAGAGUCGACCAGAAGCAGCAGGAACUCGUGACGGAGCGCGAUCGGAACGCGGCCAAUACUGAACGCACCGUGGAGCGGCUGGAGGACGAACACCGCCGCGAAAUCGCAAGUUUGCAAGGCCUCAUCGACGCGGAGCAAGAAAAAAACAAUCGGAAACGGGAGGAGACGGAAGAGAUGAGGAAGAAGUAUAAUUGAAUUUACCAGCAGUGCUUGCUCGGCCGCUUUAUUCGGGGCUUUGUUCGAUGAAGUUUGAUUGUAUUCAGCGCUGCGAUGAAAACACAAAAGUAAAAGAAGAACCACGAUGAGCAGCUGCGACAAUUUUUUUCGUCAAACAGAUUUCUUGCGGAGCAGCGACGCGUCACCGAGCUUUGUGGGGAACUCGACAUUUUGCGUGCAGAGAAGGAGGACGACACACUAACGCACAAACGGGACCAGGAGCGGCUGCAGGCAGAGGUCGAGUAUCACAAACAGCGCAUAGAACAGCACCAGCAGGCAUGGCGGAACAGCGGUGCGAGUAGUAGAAAUAUCAAGGACGACUUCAACCCGCUUUUUUCGGGCGACUUCGGGCACAUAUUGGUGGGGUCCCCUUCUAACUCCGCCAGUGCGACGUCGGGCAAGAAGCUCACCGGGGGCUCCUCCGCUGCAGCAAGGCGUACUGCAAAUAAUGUCGGGGGCGGAACGCUUACGAGUUCGCUUACGUCUCCAGAGCUCGAAAAGAACAAAAAGCAGGUACUGUCGCUGCCGUUCGACGACCGUGAGGAAGUCGAGGCCGAGCUCCGCAAGGAAAACGACUCCUUGCGGCACCAGCUGCUAGAGAUACGCGAGGUUAUGGCGCAAAUGAGACUCGCCGCGGAGAGACGCCAGCUGAUGAACGGGGAAGAUGAAGUAGACAGCAGGCAGCGAACCCUGACGCCGGAGAAAUUUCCCGGUUCCUCUUCGCCGGACCAACCAGCCAGCGGUGCCACUGGAGGUCCGUCCUCACUUGUCGAGGCGGCCCAGAGUCGGGUCCGUGCGGUAGCCGCUAAGGCAGCCGCCAGUGAGCAUCAGUCCCUGGUUGCCGAGGCCACGAAUCUGCGGAAGAUGCGAAAGAGCGAGGAGACGCUGCACCUGGUCAAGGCAAAGUACGAGGAGUUGCUUGAUUGCAAGGAGCAAGAGCUCAGCAGUCUUCGCGGUCGCGUGACGGAGCUGCAAACCGACGGCGAAAAGCUGCGGUUCGAACGGAGCCAAUUGAUGGAGCUGAGCAACAAGCUGCGGUACGAGGCAGAAAGAGAACGACUGCCCGUGGUGCGGACACGCAAGCAGCCCGUUCCCGCGACGCCGCCAACGCCGUUGAGCAAGUCCGGCGGGGGCGCGGUAUCUUCCACCUCGAGAAGUUUUGGUGAAAAUAAUUCAUCACGGGGAUUGGUACACGCUGGUAGAUCAGGCCCCAAUGAACUAUCCGACGAUCCUACGCUUGUCUCUGGCUCAGGCUUGUCUUCCUCCUCGUCCGCGAUGCUGAAGCCGCGGAGCGUUUCCUUUGCCCCUGGGACGAUCGAAGUGGAGGAGUACGAGCGCGAGCAUCUGUUUGAAACGAAGCUGUACGCGGUCGAGCAGGCCUUGCGAAAUUUGGAGCAACAAAACACGUUGCUCCGGCGAGAGCUGGAGCACUCGGUGAACCAAACAGCUGCCGUGCAGGACCGGGGCGGCGCGGUCGUGGUCCAACCCCAAACGGGGGCCGCGAGCUCAUCAUCUUCCAGUGCUACAACACCGUCCAGCAGAGCCGUUGCGCGCGCUCGCGCAGGCUCCGGAGAUCAAACAGUGGCGUAUCUGCGUGAGAGUGUGGAAAACACCGCGUCGCAGGGCGUUAACGAGUCGCUGAUCGCCCGUGCGCGGGAACGGGUCGAAAGUGCAAAACUGGAGCUCAAUGGGCACAAGAUUCGUCCGCAAACCGCACCACCGCCGGUGGAAAAUAAGCCAGAUGCAAAAACAAGUGCUGUGCCUCGGCCGGUAUCGGCCUCGGAGAAGCUUCGGGCUUUGCAAAAGAAGCGUCAAGAACAACGUCUGAAAGCGGUACGAAACUGGGCCAACGUUCCUCCGCCAGAGGAACAGGGAUGAAAAAACCCAGCCGCAUUGCUGUACUUUUUUUCCAAAGCAUAUAGCACAGUGAUGUGUCUAAGGAGCAACUUGCUCUUCCCAUACAAAGCACGAUUCACAAAUAAACUAAGGCAUAUAACAAUAACAGCUGAAGAGUUUAGGUUUACCACUUGACUUAACAGCGAUAACGUGUAUCUCUAAUAUCUCACUCGUUUCUAGUCGUGUGCAAGCGCGAAUAUUAAACGAGACGUGGAAAAAACAAGUGUGAUUCCAACCUGUCGUGGUGCAUCGUGCAGAGAGAGCAAAUUUCAUUGGCGAACGUCCAUGCUACCGAUUGAAAGCCACAGAUCAGACC